AUGGGUAAACAGAUGGUAGGGUGCAUGAUGGGAAAGAUAAAGCAGAUACAACUCAGGGGAGAAUGUGGGGGGCCUGCCUUCAGGGGAGAAUGUGGGGGCCUGCCUUCAGGGGAGAAUGUGGGGCCUGCCUUCAGGGGAGAAUGUGGGGGCCUGCCUUCAGGGGAGAAUGUGGGGCCUGCCUUCAGGGGAGAAUGUGGGGGCCUGCCUUCAGGGGAGAAUGUGGGGCCUGCCUUCAGGGGAGAAUGUGGGGGCCUGCCUUCAGGGGAGAAUGUGGGGCCUGCCUUCAGGGGAGAAUGUGGGGGCCUGCCUUCAGGGGAGAAUGUGGGGCCUGCCUUCAGGGGAGAAUGUGGGGGCCUGCCUUCAGGGGAGAAUGUGGGGCCUGCCUUCAGGGGAGAAUGUGGGGGCCUGGCUUCAGGGGAGAAUGUGGGGGCCCUGCCUUCAGGGGAGAAUACUAAGGACAUAGGAGAGACUAGCAUGCUGAAAAGACCUGGGCCCUUGCCUUUGCAGCACACAGCCCACUAUGAUGCAUUUGACUGCCCCUCAGAGUUCCAGCGCACACAGGAGCUCUUUCCAAAUUGGCGCUUGCCAAUGAAAAUAGCUGCUAUAGUAUCAUCUCUGACUUUCCUGUACACUCUCCUGAGGGAAAUCAUUUUCCCUUUAGUAACUUCCCAUCAAUUGUAUUUUUAUAAAAUUCCAAUUCUGGUCAUCAACAAAGUCUUGCCAAUGGUCUCCAUUACCCUCUUGGCACUGGUGUAUUUGCCAGGAGUGAUCGCAGCAGUUGUACAGCUUCAGAAUGGAACCAAGUAUAAGAAAUUCCCACCGUGGUUAGACAGGUGGAUGCUGACAAGGAAGCAGUUUGGGCUCCUCAGUUUCUUUUUUGCUGUGCUACAUGCAGUUUAUAGUCUGUCUUAUCCAAUGAGGCGAUCCUACAGAUACAAGUUGCUAAACUGGGCAUACCAACAGGUAGGAUGAUGAUAUGUAAACUAAAAGGUCUAAGCC